CUUCUUCUUUUCCUUUUUCUUCUUCUUGUUCUUCUUGUUCUUCUUCUUCCUCCGCUAGUUCCACAGUUAAAUUCAAAACUGCUCCGUUCAAGCCCACCGAAUCCAUAAAUCUACGCUUCUCCGCGUACAAUCGCCACGUAGCCCGCUCUCCGCCGCAUCCCAACCCCAGAUACUCCACUCUCUCUCUCUCUAUACAUAAUUAUCUCUCUAUACAUAUAUCUCCAUAUCACUAUCUCUCUCUAUAUAUAUCUCCAUAUUGCCAUCUCUCUCUCUUCCCUAUAUAUCUCACUAUAACUUCCCACGACUGAUGUCGUCGCCCUGCCCCCUGCGGUUCAUCUAGAGACCGGCCAUUCCCCGCCCGCAUUGUUGGCCUCUCACCAUGGUGUGGCGCCUACGCCGGGCCCGCACCUCUCUCCCGGCCGGCAUCGCCAUCUUCCUCCCUCUCCUCGCAGCUCAGCAGCAGCUGUCCCUGGCCGUCUCCGCCCCUUCACCGUCUCCCCCCUCCUCAUCCUCCUCCCUUCGUCAAGAUGCCCGCCUCCACCCGCACGUAGACAUCCUCCCCGACACUCCCGCCUCUCCCUCCGACCUCGUGGGGUCGUCCUCCACCGAUGCGAGCGCCCUCGCUACUUUGGCUCUGGCCGCCUCCAACCCGGCCGUUCGAGCACCGCCUGUGCAGAUCAGCAGCCGGAACAACCUGGCUCUGCAGCUCCAAGCGCGAUCUCUGCAGGAUUGGGAAGUCGAGGACUUUGUCCUGCUGGCGACCGUCGAUGGAACCAUCCACGCGAGGGACAGGAAGACCGGUGGCCCCCGAUGGGCCCUCGAGGUCCCCAGCAGCCCCAUGGUAGAGACCAUCUACCACGCCGCCGCCGCUGCCGCCUCCUCCUCCUCCCCCAACGGCACCUCCGGCCUCCGCCGCGAUGACGACUUCAUCUGGAUCGUCGAGCCUACCCGCGACGGGAACCUCUUCGUCUACAACCCCGGCCCCAACGGCCGCGGCCUCCACCGCCUCGGCCUCACCGUCAAGAUGCUCGUCGACGAGACCCCUUACUCCGGCUCCGAUCCCCCCGUCACCUACACCGCCCGCAAGGAGACCACCCUCUACACCGUCGACGCCCGCACCGGCGCCAUCCUCCGCGUCUUCAGCUCCCGCGGCUCCACCCCGCCCGACCAGACCUGCCGCCGCCUGAACGAGUUCGGCUCCAUCGACGAGGGCGAGUGCGAGUCCACCGGCACCCUCACUCUCGGCCGCAUCGAGUACACCGUCACCGUCCAGGACACCGACUCCGGACUGCCCAUCUGCACCAUCAAGUACGCCGAAUGGGCCCCCAACACUCGCGACGCUGACCUCCAGAGCCAGUACUUCAGGACCAUGGACGAACGCCACAUCUACAGCAUGCAUGACGGCGUCAUCUUCGGCUUCGACCACUCCAAGGUCGACGGCCGCCGCUACACUCAGAAGUUCUCCUCCCCCGUCGCCAGGGUCUUCGACGUCGCCCGCCCGCUGACCAUGGAGACCCCCGACACCCCCCUCGUCCUCCUCGCACAACCACCCCCGGACGACGACUACAGCGCCACCGGCAUCGAAGGCCGAGAGGCCCGCGUCUUCGUCAACUGCACCGAAACCGGCGGCUGGUACGCCAUGUCCGAACUCAGCUACCCGCUCGUGACCGGUCGUGCCAAACGCGCAGAGGGUUACAACGCUCGAUUCCACCCGAAGGAUAAGGGUCUCACGAGCCUCAGUCUCUCCCAGCAGAGGGCCGCCCUCGUCGGAGUCCAUUCUCUCGCCCGUGCCUCCAACCACUUCGAUCGGACGGUGCCCAGCAUCUCCGGUCCCCCGGCGGACCGCUCGAACGACACUCCUCGCGAGCUCGUGGAGGAGCAGCCCGAGAAGCUUCCCGCGCCGGCAACGCCACGCAUCAACAGCGUCAUCAUCCAGAAGGGCUGGGACAACGCUGUGGAUAUCUUCGUCACCAUAAUCCUACUGCUCAUCGGAGCCUUCGUCUACCUCAACAGUCGUAACAUCCAGGAGCUCGCCAAGCAGAAACUCGACCUCAAGAACAUCAUCUCUCUGGAUACACCAGCGCCACCAGCAACUCCUACGUCGAUAUUGAAACGGAGCCCCCGGCAGCAACCCAUCGACGAUCUACGUCCGGAGCCCUCUGAGCUGCCGGCGAUCGAGAUCGAGGCGGAAGAUUCGGUGUCGGAAACCGUGCCCGUUGAACGCUCCGUCACUCCACGCCCCGCCACCCCAUUCAACGAAGACCCCGGCGCCGCUGAGACCGUCGACGAUAACCCUUCUCUCCUUCAGCCACAGGGCACUCCUCGUGUUAGAAUAGUGGAAAAUUCGAACGAAGACGACGUUGAUGAGGUUGACGGGCCCGCCGCCAGAUCUCCCGAGAAGAAAAGUAAAGCCAGGCGUGGUCGACGCGGCGGUCAAGCGCACAAGCGAAGGAAAAAGCCCGCACCCGCCAACGAGGAGGACCAGAACCCGGGAGACGAGGCAACCCCCCGCAGGAACCAGGUGCCAUCGCAGUCAUCGCUCCGCGCGGAGCUGUCGAGGACAAGGACACAGUCUACAGAAAUGCUCGAGGCCGAUGGAUCGAUCCGGAUCGGCCAGCUCAAAGUUUACACCGACACCGUCCUCGGCCACGGGAGCCACGGAACGGUCGUGUACAAGGGUUCCUUUGACGGUCGCCAUGUCGCCGUCAAGCGCAUGCUUGUCGAGUUUUACGACGUUGCCGCCCACGAGGUCGGCCUGCUCCAGGAGAGUGAUGACCACAACAACGUUAUCCGGUACUUCUGUCGCGAGCAGACCGCCGGAUUCCUGUACAUCGCGCUGGAGCUCUGCCCCGCCUCCCUGCAAGAGAUCGUGGAAAGGCCGUGGGACUAUCCGACUCUCAUCACUGGCGAUUUAGCACUGCCGGAUAUCCUUCGCCAGAUCACCGCUGGUGUCCGCUAUCUCCACUCCCUUAAGAUCGUUCAUCGUGAUCUAAAACCGCAGAACAUCCUGGUCGCCGCCCCAAAAGCGCGCCGCGGAUCUAGCGUCCUUCGGUUGCUCAUUUCAGACUUUGGUCUUUGCAAGAAACUAGAAGAUAACCAGAGCUCGUUCAGGGCUACAACCGCUCAUGCCGCUGGAACGUCUGGCUGGCGCGCUCCGGAGCUCCUCGUUGACGACGAGAGUCCGGCAAAUCCCGCUAUGUGGUCGAACAACAGCAUGGAUUCGUCAGAACCCGCCGUCGUAGACCCACAGACAAACCGUAGAGCAACCCGAGCCAUUGAUAUCUUUUCUCUCGGUUGCGUCUUCUACUAUGUCUUGACCCGUGGCGGCCACCCCUUUGACAAGGAUGGCAAGUUCAUGCGAGAAGCAAAUAUUGUCAAAGGAUAUCAUAAUCUGGAUGAGCUGAAACGUCUUGGGGACUAUGCUUUCGAGGCGGAGGACCUGAUUAGAAAGAUGCUCUCUCUCGAUCCGCGUAGUCGGCCCGAUGCCACCACAGUCAUGAUACACCCCUUCUUCUGGUCUCCGGCAGAGCGACUCAGUUUCCUAUGCGAUGUGUCCGACCAUUUCGAAUUCGAGCCGCGAGACCCGCCAUCCCCCGCACUAAAGUGUCUCGAGUCCGUCGGCGGCAAUGUCAUGUAUCCAGAUAUGGACUUCCUCAAAUCCCUUCCCAAGGACUUCAAAGACAGCCUUGGCAAGCAACGAAAAUACACUGGCAGUAGGAUGCUCGACCUUCUGCGUGCACUCCGUAAUAAACGCAAUCACUAUAACGAUAUGCCAGAGAACCUUAAGGCACAUAUCGGUGGCUUGCCAGAUGGCUACCUGCAGUUUUGGACCGUGCGAUUCCCCAGCUUGCUGAUCAACUGUCAUUGGGUGAUCACGAAACUGAAUCUGAUGGAUACUGAGAGGUUCAAGAGGUAUUUCACUCCUCCGGAGUAGAGUUUAAGUCAUAGAAGCGCUUUUAUAUACACAUAUCUUCCAGACGUGCACCGUGCGGAUUGAUAUGCCAGGAAAUACAUGUUACGUAGGUUAAAAUUUUCCCUCUGGUAUUUUCCAU